AAGGACUCUCCACCACAAGAGCGAUGUCCUAGAGACAGUCGUGUUAGUCAACCCAUCAGAGGAUACAGUUGCUUCAGAGAUCCGGUCUCUAGUCACAGACUCAGCAGGACACAAACUCCUGGUCCUGAGUGGGCAGAACGCAGACCACGGUGACCUGCUUCUCCAAAGUGGGGUUUUCACCUAUAAGAGCUUCUCACAAGUCUUUGCUGAUCCUGGGGUCAGUGAUUUGCUGGGCGAAGCAGCCCCCAAGCAGCGGGCCACACUCACUGUGUCCUGCCGAGCGGAGGUGGGUUGGAGCUCCCUGGGUCAGCAGCAGCACAUACGGGAGUUCCUUGAGUACAGACUGAACCCUGAGCCUGUGCUUCCCAAGAUGGAGGGAGUCACAGAGUUCACGGAGUACAUCUCCGAGACGGUGGACGUGCCUUCUCCAUUUGACCUCCUGGAGCCGCCCACAUCUGGAGGCUUCCUGAAACUGUCCAGGCCCUGUUGCUACAUCUUCCCUGGGGGGAGGGGCGACUCGGCCCUGUUCGCGGUCAACGGCUUCAACAUCCUAGUAGAUGGAGGCUCUGAACGGAAAUCAUGCUUCUGGAAGCUGGUCAGACACUUGGACCGCAUCGACUCGAUUCUACUCACUCACAUUGGUGCAGACAAUCUGCCAGGCAUCAACGGGCUCCUUCAGAGGAAAAUCGCAGAGCAGGAGGAGGAGCAGUCACAAGGUUCCACCACCUACAGUGACUGGAUGAAGAACCUGAUCUCUCCAGAGCUUGGUGUGAUCUUCUUCAAUGUACCCGAAAAGCUACGUAUGCCAGAAUCAAACCUAAAGGUCAAGCGCAGCAUCGAGGAGGCCUCCCUCACGUUGCAGUACCUCAACAAACUGGGAAUAAAGCCGGAGCCUCUUUGUAGACUGGUCAGCAACACUAUUGAGCCCUUCACUCUUUUUCAUAAGAUGGGAGUGGGCAAGUUAGACAUGUAUGUUCUGAACCCUGUCAAGGACAGUAAGGAGAUGCAGUUUCUCAUGCAGAAGUGGGCUGGUAACAGCAAGGCCAAAACAGGCAUUGUGCUUCCCAAUGGAAAAGAGGGAGAAAUAUCUGUACCUUACCUGACAUCAGUUACAGCAUUAGUUGUGUGGCUUCCUGCCAAUCCUGCAGAAAAGAUUGUCAGAGUGCUGUUCCCUGGAAACGCACCACAAAACAAAAUCCUGGAGGGGCUAGAGAAAUUAAAGCACCUUGACUUCUUGCGAUACCCAGUAGCCACACAAAAAGACAUAGCCUCAGGGGCUCCUCCCUCUGUUGUAAAACAUACAAAGUUAAAGCAAAGGACAGACAGCAAAGAAAGUCUGAAAUCAUCUCCCAAGCCUACAAAAGCCCCUAAGAAAGAAGCAGAUGAUGAGGUAUCGGCAGCCACAGAGGCAAAGAGUGACUCUGUAAAGGAGAACAAGAUAGAGAAAAAGGAGAAGAAACUUAAAGAGAAUGAAAAACCCACAAAAAUACUAAAAUCCAAGACUGAUGUAACAGAAAAGAAAAAACUUUUAAAGGAGAAAUCCUUGAAAAAACAUUCAAAGGAAAGGGCAUCCAAGAUGGAUGAGAAAAAAGACAAGGAAAAGAAAGAGGUCAAGAAAGUGGACACAGCUAAAAGAGAAGAGAAAAAAGACCCCAAAGUUGACAAGAGAAAGGAUAAGUCUAAGUCAGAGUUGAGAAAGAUAACAAAACCUGACUUAAAACCCCUCACACCAGAGGUCAGAAAGACCCUGCACAGGGCAAAAGUGUCAAGUAAACCCAAAACCGACAAAAGCAAAGUCAAAGCGGCCAAGGCAGAGCCGGCUGAACCCAAACCUGAGGAACCAGCAGCAGAGACCAUUCAGCCUGAGCCACUACAGAAUGGGGCUGUUGAGGGCAUAUCUGCUUCCUCCACUCCAGAGGAUCUUACCAAGGAUUUUGUGGAGUUAAAACAAGAUGAGGUAUCAUCAGAGCCACCUGAGAGUGCAGUGGAGACACCAGCAGAGGAAAGCAUGGCCGAAUCCCCUACCCAGGAGGAGAAAGAACAGGAAACUGUCUCUCAAACUCCACCAGGCACAAAGUCUCCUGAGAAGGGAGUAGCCACAGCUGAAUCUCAAAGCAAAGAGGACAAAUUAACACAAGAGCAUAAAGAAGAAUUACAAGCAGAGGAUGUGGAACUAUAUGAGGAUGAGGGAGCUGCAGUUGAAGAUGAUGAGGAGGAAGAAAAAGAAGGCCCGAUUGCAGAGAGGAAAACAUUUCAGGAAGAGGAAGAUAUGGGGAUAGGGGAGGAGGAAGAUGAUGCAAAAGAUGAUGUGAAGGAUAACGAACUAGACAGGAAACAUGAGGUGGAGGAAAUGGAGAAAGCUGAAAAGCCCUCAGCUAUGGCGGUAACAGAAGAGGAAAGCAGAAAGACUCCAUCCCAGGAGGAGAAAGAGGAAGAAGAUGAACAUGUUGUUGAAAAGGCCGAGCUGGAAGAGGUAGAAGAUUUAGACAUGAUAGCAGAUGAAGAGGUCAAAAUCAAACCUGAAGCGGGAGAGAAAGAAACAUUGGCCAAGAACAGGGAAAGCAAAACUGUUAAACAUACUGCUGAAGCCAAAAAGGAGGAUGAGGAAGAUGAAGAGGGCUACAUCUCAAAUGUGGGAGGCGCUACAGUUGACAUAGUGUCAACACUGCAAGGAACGCUUGCAGCCGAGCCCAUCUCCUUAAUUCAAGACGAAACCAUUCCCGGCUACUCUGAAACUGAACAGACCAUCUCUGAUGAGGAAGUUCACGAGGAGGCUGAAGAUAGGAUACUAAACCUCCAAUACGAAGUGGCCGCAUAUGACAUCUCUGUCCCAGAUCAGACAGGCUCCUUUGACACCAUCCAUGGGAUGAAGGAGAUGCAAGCAUCAGCUAUGGCUGAUGUAACAGCCAAAGGUUUAAUUUCUGGACAGGAGCAAGUAUCGGUAUUCACUAACAUCAUUGCUGCUCCCUUGGCUGAGGAGGAACAUGUUUCCUCAGCCACAUCCAUCACAGAGUAUGAUAAAUUGUCCUCCUUCCCCACCUCUAUUGCAGAGGACCAAUCAGUGGCCUCCGUCACUACACCUCAGACUGAGGAAACAGGCAAAAGCUCUCUGCUUCUUGACACUGUUAAUAGCGUUCCCCUGGCGAUUCCAACUGAGGCCACACAUGGGAAAGAACACUUACACUCUGCUGGGACCAUCUCACCAACAUCCUCCUUAGAGGAAGACAAGUGCAUGAAGUCACAUCCAUCCGAAGAGUGCCUGCUUGUUAUCUCUGAUUUGAAGACAGAGGCUAAGGUCAUCAAGAGUCAUGAUGAAGAGGCGGAAGAAGAUGAGGACCAAACUCUUAACAUUAACAUUUCCCUUGGAAAACUCCAGGAGAGCUAUGCCUCCCCUCAAAUUCUCCAGGAUAGAGAAAGGGAUGUGGAAAAGCUCCCUGCUUCUGAGUCUCCUGUCUCCAAACCUGUUCAGGAUUUGAAGCUGGAUCACCUACCAGUUGAGGAGGUACAACUCUUUAAGUCCAAAGAAGACAUCUUAACGGUGGUGCCUUCAAAACCCCUUUCACCACCACUCUCUUUCUCAAAGCCUUUUAGGUCAGACUCAGUUACUUCGGAAGGUGAAGAGCGAUGCUGCAGUCCAGACGAUAGCACUGUGAGAAUGGCCUCUCCCACACAAUCUGGCCCCCCCAGUGCAACCCACUCUCCAACUCACUCUCCUCUUCAUCAGUCACCUGUGGAGGAAAAGACCCAGGGCUUCCCAGGACUGGAGCAUCAAACACAGGAGGACCUUCAUGAUUCAGCCACCAAAACAGAAGAUAAGGAUGCAAAGAAAGAUCAAGCAGAAAAGGAAGAUAAAGUGGAUAAGAAUCAAAAAUUGGAUGCUGACAUCAAGAAUGUUGAGUCAGACACACUACCAUCUGUGGAGAAAUCAUUUAAAAAAGACUUGCCUGUUACAAAAGUGGAAGAAAAAUGUGGUCUCUCCCCUUCCAAAGAUGAGAUGCAACAGAAGCAUGAGACAACUCCUCUUACCUCUGAGUCAGUCACAGGCAAAGAUGAAGCUUCCGUAUCAGGAAAGGAAUCUCUGACAGUAGACAUUUAUAGUGGUAAGGCUAUACUCAAACACAGUGAUGAGGAAGAUGAUGACCAUCAACAAAAAGAAUCCAACGUGUGCAGUAAGGCUAAAUUCCCAAAGGAGAAGGAGAGUAGCUUCUUAGAUUAUGACGAAGGUGAGGAUGAUGACGAUAAUGAUAGUUCUGAUGUAAAACCCCUCAAACAGGACAUGAAGGAGAAAGAGACAGAAAAAUAUGACUUUUAUGAAGCUGAACCCAUCAAGGAAGCGAAGAAAGAAACAGAAAAGGUUGGUACCACUGAAGCUGAACCCAUCAAGGAAGAUAAAGAUGAGAAAGUGAAGGAAAAAGAUGACAUUCAUGAAGCUGAACCCAUCAAGGAAGCGAAGAAAGAAACAGAAAAGGUUGGUACCACUGAAGCUGAACCCAUCAAGGUAGAUAAAGAUGAGAAAGUGAAGGAAAAAGAUGACAUUCAUGAAGCAGAACCCAUCAAGGAAGAGAAGAAAGAAACAGAAAAGGUUGGUACCACUGAAGCUGAACCCAUCAAGGAAGAUAAAGAUGAGAAAGUGAAGGAAAAAGAUGACAUUCAUGAAGCUGAACCCAUCAAGGAAGAGAAGAAAGAAACAGAAAAGGUUGGUACCACUGAAGCUGAACCCAUCAAGGAAGAUAAAGAUGAGAAAGUGAAGGAAAAAGAUGACAUUCAUGAAGCUGAACCCAUCAAGGAAGCGAAGAAAGAAACAGAAAAGGUUGGUUCCACUGAAGCUGAACCCAUCAAGGAAGAUAAAGAUGAGAAAGUGAAGGAAAAAGCUGACAUUCAUGAAGCUGAACCCAUCAAGGAAGAGAAGAAAGAAACAGAAAAGGUUGGUACCACUGAAGCUGAACCCAUCAAGGAAGAUAAAGAUGAGAAAGUGAAGGAAAAAGAUGACAUUCAUGAAGCUGAACCCAUCAAGGAAGCAAAGAAAGAAACAGGAAAGGUUGGUACCACUGAAGCUGAACCCAUCAAGGAAGAUAAAGAUGAGAAAGUGAAAGAAAAAGAUGACAUUCAUGAAGCUGAACCCAUCAAGGAAGAGAAGAAAGAAACAGAAAAGGUUGGUACCACUGAAGCUGAACCCAUCAAGGAAGAGAAGAAAGAGAAGGAGGGAGAAAAAGAUGAUACUUUUGAGUCUGAACCUACGAAAGAAGAAAAACAGAAAGAAAUAGAGAGUAUAUUCACUUCUAAAGACGAGCUAAGCUCUUGUAUCUCUACCUUUAAAGUGGAAACAGCCUCAGACUUCACCACAACAGAAGAUAAUUUUGUGGCUGAACCCAUGAAAGAUGAGAGGGAUGACACUUGUAAGACUGAUCCCUUCAAGGAGGAAAAGAUAGAGAGAGAACAUCCUCUUAAGUCUGAACCAAUGAAAGAAGAGAAAAUAGAAAAAGAGAGAGAUACUUUUGACAGUGAACAGACUAAAGAAGAGCACAGAGAGCAAGAAAAGGAUGAUAUGGCUGAAUCCACCACGGGGGUCAAGAAAGAAAAAGAAAACAAUACUUUUUUUGAGAUUGAUGUCAGUCAGGAAGAAAAUAUGGAGAAAGAGAAAGAUGAUACUUAUGUGGCUGAAGUCAGUAAAGAACAGAAGAUGGAAAAGGAGAAAGAAAAAGAAGAUACUAGUGAUUUCGAAGACAUCAAAGAUGAGAAAAGAGAGAAAGAUAGAGAUGAAAGUUAUGAAGCUGAACCCAUUAAAGGAGAGGAACGAGCAAAAGAAAAUGACACAGCUGACACAGUCAAAGAUGAGAAGAGCAAGAAAGAGACAGGAAAAUAUGAUUCUCAUGAGAUUGAACCUACUAAAGAGGAGAAAUGGGAGACAGAUAAAGAGGAGGUGCAAGAGAAAGAUCUAAAAGAGGCUUUACAACACAGCAUACAGACAACAAUGGUAGAAAGAAUAGAGGUGACUUCUGCGACAAAGCUUGAAUCUACAUUUCAGGUUCAGUACUCAGAUGGAGAUGAGGAAGAUGAGGAGGAAGAUGAAGAGGAAUCCAUUUGCAUGGGUGGUGCAGGCUCAAGACCUUUGUCAGUGGAACCUAGACAAUCAGAACACGACAUCAUCUCUCAAGACCUGCUCUCAACUCAGUCAUCAGAGAAUGUGCUUAGUGACCAAAUGAAGGACAGCCACUCUGAACAGACCACUGGGCUUGUGUCUACAUUACCAAAACGGGAGUCCUCUACUGAUAAAGACCUCAAAGAGCAGCGUAAAGAGCAACAACAUAGACUCUCCCCUGAACUAGAAAGGGACAUCAAGACAACUGAGACCACAUCAGGACCCCAUCCCAGCCAAGAGUCCACAAUUGGUUUCCCUACCUUGAAAGAGGAGCCAGUCUCUGCUAUGCCUACCACCAAAGUAGAGCCAGCCUCUGACUACACCACUACAGACAAACAGUCUAUAGGUUCAACACUAUUAAGCACUGACAGCCAGGCUAUGAGUUCCACUCUCUCUAACACCGAUAGCCAGGCCAGUGUGACGGAAUCCACCCAGCAUGAAACACUGCUGCUUUCUAUGACAACAAGCAAAGAAGCAUCUAAUACAGAUGAAAAGACAAAGCAUGUUUCUCCAAAAGAAGAUGAGAAACCAGGCAAGGAAGCUGAGAGGGAAAUGGAAAAAGAGCGGGAAGUUGCUUCCCCAGAGCACACACAACCUUGUUCAUAUUUUGUCUUGGAUAAAGAUUCUGAGAAGGUUCCCGAGAAAGUGAGCCACGUUGAUGCUACGGAAGCAGACAGUGCCUCUGAAAAAGUGGAAGGUUUUGACAAAAUGACAACAGAGAAGGAGACUGUCAGUGUGAGCUUGCAAGGGGAAAAUCUGGGCUUUGGUGUGUCUAAGUAUGAACCCUAUGAAAAUACCAUUUCAAAAGAACAGGAAUCAGACUAUAAAGAAGACAGUGAGGUUUCUAGAGAGUUUGAUCGGUCAACACAAAUUGGCAUUGAUGAUAAUAGGAAAAAUAGCCAGGCAGAUGCUGGUGCAGCUGCACUCUACUCAGAGGAUGAGGAAAAAGAGGAACCGCUGUCAUUCAGCAGAGUUGAUUACACCCCUCCACCUUUCACCGAGAGCGAGAGAAGCCUCCAUUGCAGCUCAAGUGCCUUCACUGAACACAAUGACAAAGAGAAAGGUCAAGAGGAAGAGAGUGAUCGGAAGGAGGGACAAUCUACACCACAUGUGGAAAACAGCUUUGUGUAUACAGAGACUCAAGACAACAAAACCACCCCAGCAGCGGAGCCAUGCUCAUUUGCUUUCAGUCUCAAAGAAGAUGAACCUGAAAAGGUUGAGGAUGAAAUGAAGGACAAUAUCAGGUCGGCCCCUCAAACAUCUACAGGAGAGAAGGAUAAGACUGGAGCAUCUCCCAGUGUAGAGGAGUAUUUGCCAGUCCAGUCAGGCAGAAAGGAAACAGCCUCUCCCUCAUGGAGUCAAUCCAACACCGGUGACAAAGCCUCUGCUACUGCCAUGCCUUUUGAAGACAUCCCUGAGAAGCAGACCACAGAGAAGGAGAAAGAGAAAGAAAAAGAUGAGCCAGUGAAAGACAAUAUGGAUUCAUUUGAUAGUGAGAGAGGAGACUCUCCCUCUGGUCGCUACUCACCAGCGGAAAAAGACACGUUACCUCAUCAAGCUUUGCCUAAGGAAAUGGACAAUCGGGCCGCUGCUGCCCCCUUGGCCGCAUAUUCAGGACAGCUCCUAGACGAUAAUGUUCUUGCGUCUGAGUGCACUCAAAUUGGCAGCUCUAUCGCCAGUAAAUCUACAAUGGGCUAUUUUGAGAGAGAAGACACUCCGGACAGUGUAGAUAAGAGGCUACUGGUGGUGGGAGAGAAUUAUGAUGAUAAUGAUGAAGAUGAUGCAGAAGAAGAAGCCAGUGAUCUAGAUGUGGAGAAGGGCGUGAGAGAGCAGUCUGAAAAAGAAAUCUGUAAAACUACAUUGGAUGGUACCACUACUUCUAAACUUCCUGUGACAAAGGAAGAGGACAAGAAGACCCUCUCACCCGAACCUGAACCCAGCCUCCUCAAAAAGGAGGAACCUUCCCAUUCAAUGAACACAAGCAGCCCUCCACUGGCAGAUACUGCAGAUUCCCUUUUGAAGAAUGUAGUUGGGGCCUCGCCACUCCAGUCUGGCAGCUCCACUGCAAUAGAACAAACAGGAUCUGGAGGAUAUCCUUCUGAAUCCUCAGAGUAUUCAGAGGACAGCCAACUGGGGUUAAAGGAGGAGAGAUUUGACAGUCCUGACCUCUCUUUGCCCACCAAGUCCAGUGAAGAUAAACAUUACAGUCAGGGAGAUAUUGAAGCUGACAGGCAGAGAACCCCAGAUACCACUAGUAGAAAACCUGAGGAAGCUCCUUCGUGUUACUUCUCAUCUGCCUCAGCUUUUCUAUCAACCAGCCACCAGUUGGGGGAGGAGAUAGAGACCCCUGUCAGAAUGUCUAGUGGCCCCUACAGGACAGAUUCGGAGGGUGCUUCCUUUGAGUAUUCUUUAUUCAAAGAUGAAGACUCCUCAGCCAUGCACUCAACCCUCUCAACCUCUGAGGUCAUGUUAAAGGAUGAGUACCUAGAGGCAUCUGAAAAGCUUACCUCAACAACUACAGCUACAUUCAGUCUGACAAAAGUAUCUCCAGUCUUAGAUACUCCAGCCAAAGACAUUACUGAACACGACUCAUCAUCAAGCCCUGAGAUGGACAAGGGUCAAACCUCGGAUAACUUUCAUAAACUUGAGGGCAUUGUUGAAACCAAAACCAUAACGUCUGCUGGAGCUUCAGAACCACCAAGUUCCCAGCUGUCCAAACCCGCUGGAACCAUAUCCACUUCAGGGGCUUUCUUUGAGGUUUCCCCAUUGCAAAGUGCUGACUCUUCUGACAGAGAAUCCCAGGGCUCAGCAGCCAGCAAAGAGUUCUACACUUGCAAAAUGGAGGACAGUACUCUUCCAUGCCGCAUUGAAUGCCAGAAAUUUGCAGUGACAGAGCAAGAAGAAAGCAUGUUGUCCAUGGCUGAGACAUACAUGGUCACUAUCAACUCCAGUACAACCACAACAGUGUCCCAAUCUGAUGUGGUGACAAAACCCCAGAGGUCAACUGAAGCUUCUUCCAACGGGCCUACUGAGGUUAGCACAAGUCCCCAAGAAGUCCUCAGUGGAGCUAGCAAAGCCCCUUUUGCCACAACAGCAGAUCUGCCUGAAACAGAACAGAAAAAGGAGGAAAAAGAGACAAAGGAUGAGAAAGAUAAGAUGGUAAUGAAAGAGGAAGAAAAUAAGGAGAUCAAGGUAGAGACCCUAAAGGAGGACACCAAAAUGCCAGAGCAGAAGGAGGAGGAGAAGAAAGAGACGGAUGAGAAGACAGAGGUGGCUGGAGAGAAGGAAAAGGUAGAGGAGAAGGAGAAAGUAGAGGAAAAUAAGUUGGAGGAGAAAGAGAAAGACGGGAAGGCAGAGGAGAAGAAAGACAAGACUGAUGAGAAAGAGAAGGAGAUGAAGAAGGGAGAGAAGAUGGUCGAAAGGAGGAGGAGUAGCAUAUCUGACUGGGAACUCCUACAAGGGCCGGGCGCAUGCCCAAGUGCCCCUCCUCCAGGCUAUGAAGACGACGAGGAAGAAGCGUAUGAAACGGAAGAAGCGGAAGAAGCAGAGGAAGAAUAUGGUAAAAAAGAAUGGGUAACCACAGGCGAGCCCACCCCUCUGUCCACAGCAGAACAUGCCCACCAUACAAAGGCAUCUGCAAAAACAGAUGGAGAAUCCAGUUGCCCCACUGACUUGCAUAUGGAGGCUACCUCCACCUCCCCCCCUGGCUAUUCCUCAUGUGAAUUCAAACACCGCAAAGGGGAGAUCUCCCCAUCCUUCAUCAACCCCAGUCCACACGCCCUCUCCAGCGAUGAUGGCGAAGAGGACAAAGGGAGCGACCACUCUCCAGAGGGGGAUGAAGAUGACCGUGAGCAACACUCAGUCAAGAGGAGGUCUCACAAGCAGAAGCGACAUCACAUUCAAAGUGGAGCUGCUGGAGCUGGAGAGGGAUCGCACCCAGUUACAAUACCUCCUGGUGGCAUGGCAACUGGACUUGGGGUAGUGCUAGCUGGAGAGGAGACACCCCCCACAUCAGCAAGCGACUCGUUGGCGUCCCAGUCGGACUCGGACGUACCUCCAGAGACCGAGGAGUGCCCGUCGAUUACAGCAGAGGGAAACCUGGACUCGGAUGAAGAUGCAGAACACCUGCCGGUGGAUAAACUAUCUGCCUCUACCACAGGAGGGGGCCCCCAACCCCCUUCGCCCAGAUCAGAUCAGGCCCACGACCCCCCACCUGCCCCCAUGAAGGACCCCCUCCCCCACCCGCCUCACCCUGAUGUGUGCAUGGUGGACCCAGAGGGCCUCCCUGACAACCAGAGCAGCACAGAGAAAAUGCUCAAGAAGGACCACAAGACCACCAAGAGCCUGCGGAAGGGCCUGGGCAAGCCUAAGUCUGCGUCCCCAGCCCGGAAGGGGAAGAUGUCCACCACCCCUGUGAAGCAGGCCUCCAAGGAUUCCUCGCCUCGAUCUGCCUCUCUGAGGAGGAGGGACACGGAAAGGAGCUCCAGACUGACAUGGAUGUCUGAGGGCCUGGGAUCCAAGGGGGACCUACACGCUCCAGGGAAAGGCCUGGUGAACGGCGUCAAGAGCAAUUUGGGUACAAACUCCCAGAAAUCUAGUUCAGCUGUCCCCCCUGGUCCUCCAAUCUAUGUGGACCUGGCCUACGUGCCCAACCACUGCAGUGCUAAGAACGUGGACCAGGAGUUCUUCAAGCGGGUACGUGCUGCGUACUACGUGGUAAGCGGCAAUGACCCGGCCGGUGGAGAGCCCAGUCGUGGGGUCCUGGAUGCCCUGCUCGAGGGCAAGGCCGCGUGGGGCUCCAAUCUACAGGUGACUCUGAUCCCUACUCAUGACACAGAGGUGACGCGGGACUGGUACCAGCAGACACACGAAAAACAGCAGGACCUGAACAUUAUGGUCCUGGCCAGCAGCAGCACAGUGGUCAUGCAGGACGAGUCUUUCCCCGCCUGCAAGAUUGAGUUCUAAGUUCUGCACCCCUUGCUAUUUUACCCUCCUCCCCUCAUCACUCCAUCUUUGGCAGGUAGAGAGAGGUCCUGUGCUACUCUCUAUCCUCCCAUAGCCUUCUCUUCUGUCAGCUCUACAUUUUGCUCUCUCAUGAUGUAAGAUUCCAUUGCAUUUGCUGUAGUCUUCGGUUGGUGUACUGGCUUCCAACAGGUCAAUGUCACCUGAGAACAGCCACCUAUGUCAGGCAGAAACAUUGAUAUAGGGUCCAUGGUAGCUGUAAAAAAGUGUGAUGUACAUUCGUUUCUAGCACGCUUUCUUUUUAAACAACAUACUUGCACGAUAAAACCACCUCUUUAUUCGAUUUGGUCUUAAUCAAUUUUGAUUUUCACAUAUAACCUCCCCAACACGCACAUUUUGUGAUCAUCUGUGAUGAGGGUAAUUCUCAAUAGUUAUUUCAAAGCUUUCCCAUCAUACUGCACCCAAAUCAACAUCUAAAUGGACAACACUUUCCAACUAAAAGUGCCAUCUUAACAAUGUCAACUCCCAGUCAAUUAAGAUGGUGCACAGUUAAGUCACAUUCAACAUGUGAAACUUAAAACAGUCUUACUUAUUGUCUUAAACUCAACUAAAUUAAAUACAAUUAAAAAAUUGCACAUCCAAAGGGCCAAAGUAAGUGCCAAAACACUUUUGAGGUGUUAACACUCUCCAAAAUAAGUCCAAAACUGUUAAGAGGUGAACAGUUAGUUGAUCUCAAUUGUACGCAGACUACGCACAAUGUUGUAUGAUGGUAGUAUUUUUGUAAGUAUCUUAAGUUGAGGCUUUGUUUUCGAUAUGAGAUAUUACUCCUGUUUGGAGAUAUUAUGUAAGAUGCAGCUUUCUAUACUAUAAUGUUUGGCUUUCUCAGUGCUCUAACUACAUCAACUGGUGUUACAGUAAAAAAGGACUAUACCACAUAGCUUGUUGUGAAGCUUUAGGAGGCACCUGAAGGUGCCACUUUUAUUUAAAGAACUAGCUUUUAUGAAUAAUUUCCCUCAGUAGCUGAAGUAUGAUGCUUGCAUUUAGCUCAGACUCCUUCCUUGAAGAAGUAGAGGGUUCUUGACCAUUUGUCUAGUCCGUGUAGUCUCCAGGUAUGGAGUCCAAAUGUGUUCUGAUAACUAACCGUUUGCCUGGGUGUACGCUAAAGUGAACGUUAUACUGUAGGCACCAGGCAAAGGGAUGAUAUUUCUAUAUUUACCAUAUUUCUGCUGGAUGUAAUGGUUCUUUAAAAAUAUCUGAAGUCCUUAUCAUCUUCUUUGUUGGUUGUAUUAGAUGAAUACUCAAUUAAAACAUACAGUAUAAACAUUAUAUAUUGAUAUAUGGAGAGAUUGUAUUAGAAGUAUGAUAUUUUGUGAUAACACAGCAGAGAAGGAUGUUAAAUGAAUGCAGUUUCAUUACAUUUGACGUUUUCUCCCGUUUAUUUAUAAUAUACUGUCUGUAUGAAACUAUUUAAUGAAGCGAUGGAAACUGCAGUGGCCUUCCAUGGCGAAUGUAGCAAUAGAGUCUAGUCCGUUCUUGUGAGACUGGGUUGUGUGGAGGUUGUGUGGGUGUUAUUUUACAGAAACAUGACUGCGGUGGUAGGCGGUCGCUCUCAUGUGCCUUCUGGUUGUGGUAUAUUGGGCAAGAGAGAAGGAUUAGAGAGGAUUAUUAUAAGGGCUUCUCUUUCAUGGUAGCCAUUGUGGAGAGGUGAACUUUGUUCCAGGGAAAAGACAAGAAACUGUGGAGAUGAUGCAACACGGGCAAAUCAAUAGUUGUUGUCCAGGAAUUAGCCUAAUAUCCAUAUGGAUGGAUGCUCUAUACGCACACAGUUGGUAGGUGAAAAGCUAAUUAGCCAGCUUAGCCAGCACAUUUAGAUUCAGUUACUUAUAUGCUGGUCAGCAUUUGUCCCCUAUCUUAAAGUGUCACCCAGAAAAUGUAUUAAACAAUAACAUGAUCAAAGAGCAAGGUAUUGCACCAAGCAAGAAUGCACUUUCCAGAGGGGAGAAGAGGGGUUUAGAAGUGGAGCUGUGGUUCUAGUGAGAGAAGCACAGAAAAAAUGAUUAUCAUUCUUUACCAUAAUGUGAACUAUGGUAGCAUUUGAUUUUAGAACAGGUAGCUAGCGAAAGCACUCCAUACGGUAUGUAAAUAAAGAAUGAGUUGUUUUUCAGAGUUAUUUCUUAAUUUAAGAGGUUAAAAAAAAAUACGCAGGUAGCUAUUCAUCUAGUUAAAAAAACAUAGUAGACUUUUCAACCCUAAGAUAAUAAUUAUCAGACGAGCAUGAAUGUAAUGUUGUUGAUUGUAGUGGGUAAAGAUGUGGCAAUGUGUACAACAGGUCAAGUAGAAUUACGUUGUGUGUUGAAGUAUGUGCAUGAGUGGCACAGAGACAGGGUUGGGUUUUGAAGAUACAUCAUAGUGUUUUGAUGCUGAGUUAGCCAGUGUGGUGUGUAUUUCUGUUGGUUAAUCAGAGGUGGAGCUUCUUACUUUGUCGCACUGUUCAUUGGAGCUCAUUACAAACGUGAUUCUGAUUUGCAUUAAAUUCCAUAGAGCUUAUAGAGUCACUUUUUGAUUAAUGUUAUAUUGUUUUAUUACAUUUUGGGGAGUUUUUUGGUAGUUGUAUUUAUCAAAUUAAUUUACAGUUAUGUAUACAUUUUUUAAAAUUGUUUUUCAAUAUUUCAAUUACAUGUAGGACUAACACAAUUAUGAAUGUCUUUUGUUUACAUUUCUUAGAUUGUAUUUUCAAAAAGAUUACUGAACAUUUAUUUUAUAAUAAGCGUCUGUCAGUCAUUUUUUUGCUUAGUGAUUCUUAAAUGUAAUGCGUUUCUCUUUAGAACUGCUGCGUUGUGUGUUUGGGGCUCCUGAGUUGAGGCCAGAGAGUGUGGACUGGGUGGGGCAGAAUCCAAGACUGCAGACAGACAGACAUUGACCUGCAAGGGGAACAUUCUCUUCCUCUAUUGGAUCCAGAACCUAACGGAGUCUUCUCUUAGGCUAAACCCAUUAACCCACAGUCUGCAGCCAUCUUGCGCUAGCCUGGGAACGGUGCCAUCCUUGUCCUUUUGCUGAUGUGCUGAAAAUACUGGACUGUAUGCAGUAUGCAGGAGAGCCUCCCACAGGUCUGUUCCUAGACCGGCAGCAGAGCUUGUCAGACUCAUGCGGCUCCAAGUGAAUGUUUCCUUUCAGUAUUAUUAAGAUACUCAAUGUGUAAGCUACAGAGUUAUUAUGCACUGCGAUAGCGUUGAUAUGCAUGUCAUGUUGAAUACUGUUUAGUCACCUAGGUUAGAGAGAGGGAGGACAUGUACAAAUCAAAAUGUAUCAACACAUUGAUCAAGCAAUCAGCCAAGCCGGCAAAAUUAGGCAGUAUAACGUCAUAUCUGGUUCUUAGCUGUUUUUCUGGUCAAGAAUACAUCAUAUAAGCAUAAAAUAAUUUCUGACAACACCAAUAUGUCAUGGGAAAGACGUCAUAUUCUCGUUGUUUUCUGGUCAGAUUACAACCAGAUAAAGACAUGUUUUUCCGGAUGCUAAAUUACAUACCCCGGGAUAAAGGAGCCGCACUAAGCCUAUGAGAGGUUGUCAGUGAAAGUACAAAUAUAUGGCCUUGAUAUUUUACAAUAUGUUGCAAGUGUUUCAAAAGUGAACUUAUCAAACUAUAUGGCGUUGUCCAGAACUAGUCCUGUAUGGGCGAGGGAAAUCUGAAUCAGGGUCAAGAUGCGCUGUUUAACGUAUAUAUGGUAUGGAUUUUCUGAUAUGUUGUAUUGUCCUCAAGUCUGAGUUGGUGGCUUGAUUUCAAGCCAUCUUGGUGGCUUGAUUUCAAAUACCCGGCCUUAGGAUCAAGCACCCUGGGGCCUUGGCAGAUCGUUGUGAAACGCUCAAUACAACAAAUAUAUACAACAAAUAUGAUUUUGCAGAAGCAGAAUUCUGAAAACAUGAAAUAAUAAUAUUGAAUGUAGGGUGGUAUUAUUUAUGAGCUGCAUCUACGUUACUCGGCCGCGUCGUUGCCAUUGUUAUCAACGUUCUACAGAUGCCGCAGCAUAUUGAUGUCCGACUGAUGCUUAAUGCUCAGUCUAUCUGAAGGGGGCUGAUGACUGUUACGUCAAAAUUACCCUAUAGUGGCCUAGAAAUACGAUGACAUUGUUAGAGUAAACAAAUAAUUAGUAGAAAACAACUUUGCCAUCAUUUUGACAUCAUCAAGUUUAUUUUAGAAAGAUGGCAAUGUUGCCAUGAGCUAGCAAAGCUAGUCAGAAAUAGCUAGUAAUACUAACGUUAGCUAGGUAAAAUUUCGGUGCGCUCCCCGCAAUCUUAGCUAGCUAAAGUUAUACUGCAUCCAAAGUCAAUUUGGCGACAUCACAAUGAUGACAAAAGCUUGUCCUACUCAUUAUUUGCCUCCAAUUGAAAGGUAAUCGUGUUUCCAAGCCACAGUAAUGCACUUUAGACGAAAUAUUCAUCAGCACCUAUUGAGACUGCAUUGAGUAGAAUUCUCAGCUGGGCAUCAGUCCUAAAACGUAAGUUCAAGACAAUAGUGUCACGAAACGUGCAAACCAUGAAUACUCAAUGCUGCUGGAUAAAAAAAAACAAAAAACAUACAAUUGUACAUAAAUAUAUCAGAAAUCAGUGGAGGAUAGCCUAAAGAAGUGACAGACUACUGUAUUCGGAUUGAAUUUCUAGAACAAAAGUUGUAACUGAAAAUUGAUAUCUUGGUUUAUCUAUAUUGCAUUGGCUGUUUAAUUUGCAGUAAUGUCCCAAGAGGAAAAAACUGUGAUUUCCGACAGUACAAAGAGUUGGUGUACCAUACUUACAAUAACACAGAAAAAGUACCAACUGCAGCUGCAACUAAAUAUGACUUGAAAACACUGAAACUAAAAAAUCUAAUAAAAGUUAAAUGAAUGAUACAUGUACAUUCAUGUACUGUACACAAAUAUGUAUAUACACCUUAAAACAAAAUCAAAAUAGACAUGUUAUGAAACAUAUGAUCCUUCUUGUUAUACAUUUACAUUUGAGAGGAUUUUAUCAAGUAAAUGAUCAAAACCCCUAGGCCUUGAACAAAGAAACAGUCACUGCUAACUAGGUACAGAUGAAAAAUAAAUAUCUUUAGGUUCAGUUCUAUUCCAACUCUCUCAUUAUGAAAAUAUGAAUGCAUUUCAACAUAAGUUCUCUAUCCUUCUCCCAUCUUAUCUCUCUGCAUGUGAUCUAUUUAGUUAUUAUCCUGAAUGUAAUAAUUUAAAACAAAAAAUGCUCUCUUAAAACAGUAUAUUUGAAACAGGUGAUUGUCUAACUGGUACUGGCAUAUCAUGUUACCGGGCUGUGCUUUAAUGUUUUGAUCUAAGAUGUUGUUAUUAUAAGAAAACGCUGUACUACUGUAGUUCUUCUGUUUUUGCCACUGUAUUAAUCUUAGUUCUGUUACUAUCUUCAGUGCAAUAUUAUUUUUCUCUCUCUUGCUCUUUAAAUCUCAAAUGCAAAACUAGAACUACUGCAGAUUCAUUGUAAAAGGGAAACAGCCUGGUGAACACAAAUAAAAAUACAUUUAUUUAAAAUCAGA